UUGCACUUUCGAUCGUCAUGGCUCCGGGCGUCGAGUGGAGUCUUGGUAGCGAGGUGCUGGCCACGCUCACUGGCGUCGGUUUUCUGGCGCUUCUCAUUGGCAUGGCGUUGUACGCCAAGUCGGAGAAGCGCGAGAUAGCGGCACUCGCCCUCCUCCGCAACGAUUUUGUGGGCCAGCUGCGCGGUCGGCACCGCCAGGACGUCGAAGACAUCGACGUCGAUGCCAACAAGUGGCUCUGCCACGUGUGCCAGUUCGCCAAUGCAACCGACAAGACGACGUGCACGCUCUGCGAGACGGCCCACGACGUGGUCUUGAGCAUCGGCGCGAGCACCAACAUGGCUGUCGCGGUCCUCGCCCACCCGCUCGACUCGAAACAGCAAAGUGCACGCGCACGCAAGCAAUGGAGCCGCGUGCUCCAGCCCUCAGAUGGCGCUGUUCUCUGGACGUCGGCGCUGGAGCUGCAACCCUCGGACGUAUACUACAUGCUACAACCUUCCACCCGUCCUGUGGCGCCUCCGUCACCAUCGCCCAAAGACGACGUCAAGGAGAGCGAUGACGUCAAGGACGGCGAUGACGUCAAGGACAAUGAUGACGUCAAAGACGCUGAGAACGCCGAGGACGAGGCAUCGCCGCCGGUGCUGCUCGAAAUGACCUACUUGACGCCCGAGAGCGCCGCGCGCACGGUGCUCGGCACGGUGCUGCCGUCGUGGUGGCUCACGCAGCUCGAGUCGCUCCGUCUGCAGUCCUUCUCGGUCAAGUACAUUUGGCUCCUCGAACAAAUCGCGGCCUCGUACACGGAGAAGGUCAAGGUCAAGGUGUACCGCGACAAGAUUCUCACCGAGUCGCUCGACAUUCUGCUCGCGCUGCCGACCGACAAGCUCUGUUCAUUCACCCGCGUCUCACUCUUUGGCGAGACAGGCGUCGACGCCGGUGGUCUCCAGCGCGAGUGGUACACGCUCCUCACGCACGCGCUCUUCGAACCGUCAACCGGACUCUUCAUCGCGGCCAACGAGGCCGAGCGGUCGUUUGGCAUCAACCCGCACUCGGCGCGCGACCACGGCGCGACGCACCUGGCGCGGUUUGAGGCGUUUGGCCGGCUGUUGGCGCGCGCGAUCCUCGACGGCCAAGUGCUGCAGUGCCACCUCUGCGUCCCGCUCUUCAAGGCGCUGCUUGGCACGCCACUGUCGAUGGACGACGUCAUGCAUUGGGACGCGACGGUCUACGCGAGCAUGUGCUACAUUCGUGACGCGCGGAGCGUCGACGACUUGGCGCUCGACUUUACGGUCCACGGCGCCGACGACACGAUUGUCGAGUUGGUCCCGUUUGGCGCGCAGAUUGCCGUCACGAACGAGAACCGCACCGAGUACCUCGAGGCCAUGACCAAGUACCUCCUCUUUGAUCGCAUCCAAGCGCAAGUGUCGGCGCUUUUGCACGGCUUUUACACGGUCUUGCCCGAAGAGCUCUUGCUGCCAUUCGACUACAAGGAGCUCGAGCUGCUCCUCUGCGGGACGUCGGCGAUCGAUGUCGACGACUGGCGCCACUUUACCGCCGUCUCGUUCUCGCUCGCGAUCACCAACUGCAACGACUGGUUCUGGGCCAUUGUCAAAGACGACAUGACGGACGACGACCGCGCGCGGCUAUUGCAGUUUGCGACCGGCUCGUCACGCGUACCGCUCCAAGGGUUCAAAGGGCUCACGAGCUACGAUGGGAUGUUGUGUCCUUUCUCGCUGCAAGCGAUCGAGUACAAAUACGGGGCACUGCCACGUGCUCAUUCGUGCUUCAACCGCAUCGACUUGCCGCUGUAUCCGACAAGAGCGCUCUUGAAAGAAGCGCUUUUUGCGAUCGUCCGCCUCGAAAUGACCGAGUUUACCCUGGUGUAGACACCCAAGCCGUGGGGCAGCGACUAACGACCUACAUGUACUACCAAGUGUUUUGUCAAAUAUGGUGGCGCAUCUG